ACUAGCAAUUUAAACCAUAUUUACCUGAAAACCCUCUUCCCUUGCUUCUCUGCUUCAAGCAUCACAGGAUUACUACAAUGUAAUAUUUCUCAAAAUAUUAGCUUCAAGACGUCAGCUUCACCAAUCGCUUUCCAUAUCCCUUUCAUGCACUGGCAACCAUGGUUUGAACACGCCUAACACCGACCAGAGCUUGAGAAAGGAUGGGGAGGGGGGGAGUUAGGAAGAUUUUUUUUUUUUUGUUUCUCUCAUUUUGUUUUACAUUGGCGCGAGGCAUCAAUCAAGCCUGUAUGGAAAGAAAGACAAGAUGAGGUGUCUUUGCCAAACUUCACCAAAACUCCAUGGCCCUACUGUCCAAGCAUGUAGCGGCCGGAAGCAAGAGAACAAAGAAAACUACAACCCUUUCUGCGUCUGUACAGCACAACCACUUCCCUUGCGAACACAGCUACACAAGUCUUAAGCGGGGAGCGAGGGAACAAGGAGCUAACCCAACUACAAGCAAAGAGAAUCCUUAUCAACUCAUUAUUAGAACGAACUAAAAGAGACUAACCUAACAAGAAGCCCCAAGAUAAGCACUACCACCAUGCCAAAUCAACAAGCAAAACCAGUCAACAAACAGCAACCAAACCGGCCGAACAACCCCAAAAAGAAUUUAGCAAUAUCUGGGGGUUGGCAAUAAUUUCUUAUUCACCUUCCAAUAAUUGCAUACUCACCAACCCUCUUCCAACAUUCUCCAAUUCAUUUUCUCCCCUGCUCUUCCGAACAUUUUUGUGAUUUAAAAAGUAAAGCUUCCGCUAAAUUCUUAAAAAUCAUUCUCUCUCUCUCUCUCUCUCUCUCUCUAUCUGCUCUUAUAUAAAAAGUAUAAAUCACCUGUCUGCCCUAUCUGAUUCUGUCUCUUUCUCUCCCUGCACGGCUUCAUUCUUGAAUAUAAAAAGUUAAACUUUCUUGCCUCUGUUGUGCCCUCAAGUAUGUGUAAACCAAGCUAUCCAAACUCGGAUUGUCUCUUUCUCCCUCCACACGGCUUUUCACCCCGGCCUUAAAAAAACUCGGUUUUCCUGAAGGAUAUUAAUCUUCUCUCGGCCUGUAUAAUAGUAAAAGCAGAGACCUACUCUUAUCUCUUUUCCUUCUCGACACGCCUUCCGCCAACAUUCAUUUUCAAUCCCUCUCUCUCCCUCUCGACCAGUAUAAAUCACCACCCGCUCUCUUCUCGCAUUAUUUCUGUCUCAUUCUCCCUCUAUAGACAUGGCUUCCGCAGCACCACUGCUCCUGCUCUUUCUCUCCCUCCUGUUCCUCGUCAAUGCCUUCCCUCUGUCUGCCCCACCUCCUUUCCUCCUGCUUCCGCUAAACCACACCCUUUCUCAAACUCAAACAGCACAACCCGUCCACCACCUACUGAAACUCUCCUCCCUCCGUUCCACCGCCCGUUUCCGUUCUUUCCGCCAUCACCACCAUAACCGCCGCCACCGCCCCGUCCCCCUUUCCCCGGGCUCCGACUACACCCUCCCUUUGACCAUAGGCCAACCCCCUCAGACCGUCCAAGUCUACCUCGACACAGGUAGCGACGUCGUCUGGAUGCCCUGCGCCCGCUUCGAAUGCAUCCUAUGCGAGGACAAGCCUCGCUCUCCCUCUCCUCCCCUCAUCCCCACCGCCUCCCUCUCCGACAUACCCUGCGCCUCUCCGGCAUGUUCCACCGCCCAUUCAUCCGCCCACUCGUCCGACCUCUGCGCCAUCGCAGGUUGCAGCCUCGACGACCUCGAGACAUCCUCUUGCCAGAAGCCUUGCCCGCCCUUCUACUACGCCUACGCCGACGGCAGCCUCAUCGCCCGCCUCGUCUCCAGCCGUCUUCACCUCCAGGGUGCCGGCAUCCACUUCCAGAACUUCACCUUUGGCUGCGCCCACUCCACCCUCGCCGAGCCCGUCGGCGUCGCGGGGUUCGGCCGCGGGGCCCUCUCCUUCCCCGGCCAGAUUGCUGCCCGCCGCUUCUCCUACUGCCUCGUCCCCCACCGCUUCUCCUCUCCCCACCACCGCCCCAGCCCGCUCCUCCUCGGCCGAAAGCCCUCCGCUUCAGACGAAGACGACGCCGGGGUCUCAUACACUCCCUUGCUCCCGAACCCCCGGAAGCCGUACUUCUACUAUGUGGGGCUGGAGGGCGCGCUCGUCGGCAACAGGUGGAUUUCCGCACCGGAAAGCCUACGAGGGGUCGAUUCCGCCGGCAACGGCGGGCUUGUGGUUGACUCCGGGACGACGUUCACGACGCUGCCGGGGGAGUUCUUCCAGCGAGUGAAAGCGGAGUUCGUGCGCGGGCUCGGCGGGUCCCUGGAGCGGGCCAGCGACGUCGAGGAGGCCAGCGGGGUGGGGCCCUGCUACUACGUCGAGGGAGGUGACUGGAGGAGGACGGUGCCGGGGCUGGUGCUCGUGUUCCGGGGCAACGCCAGCGUGGAACUGCCGAAGGAGAGCUACUUCUUCGACCUCGGGAGCGGCGGGGCCCUCCACCGGGGCAGGGCCCACGGGUGCUUCCUGGUGAUGGGGGCCACCGAGGGAGAGAACGACGAUGAGGGAGGUGGGCCCGCGGGGUUGCUCGGCAAUUUCCAGCAGCAGGACGUAGAGGUCAUUUACGAUUUGGAGAAGCGCAGGAUCGGGUUUAAGCGGAGGGACUGCGGGUCUAUGUGGGACUCUCUUUGACCCAUCGCCCCCCUCCCCUCAUGAAAUAACACCCGUCAAACACCAGCGUUGUCCCUUUUUUGGUUCACGAGGAUAUUCUUGUCAUUUUGGGGACGACGUCGUCCUGUGAAAUGACCUGCAUAUCCUUGUCUAAAUGUCUGCAGGCAUAACCUUUGCUUGUUCGCGUCGUCGCUGUAAAAUGUGUAGUACUUGCAAAUUAGAAAUUACUCUCGAUCUUUUCAUA